UUUGCCGUUUCUUUGUUCAAACUACCAUGCAAUCUCUCUUUUCUCUUCUUUCUUUGAGAAUCAUCCCCGCCCUUCUCCAAAGGGUUCAGCAUUGGAGGAGGGGCAUGGUCUAUUUGGCCUUUUUAGAUCAUUGCCAAAAAAAUCAUUAAAAAUGUCUUCUCCGCCGCCGGAUGACGGAACCUCAAAUUCUCAACCACCACCACCGCAAGACAACUUGUCACCACCACCACCAACGCAAGACAACAACUCGUCAUCACCACCGCCACCGCAAGACAACAACUCGUCACCACCACCACCAAAAAAUAGUGACUCGUCACCACCACCACAAUCGAAAGAUUCAAAGUCUUCUUCACCUCCUCCCCCAUCUUCUUCAAAUUCCAAUGGCAACUCUAAUUCUUCUCCGCCACCACCGCCGCCGCCACCACCUCCACCCCCACCUCCGCCUCCUCCUCCACCGCCUAAUUCGAAAGGAUCAAGGCAUUCGCCACCGCCACCUCUAUCACACCACCGAUCUGGAUCGAAGGGCAUUAGUACAGAGGAGAAAGCGCUAAUAGGAGGAGUGGUGGCUGGAGCGGCAUUGUUAUUGAUUAUCAUGGUAGUGUUCUUCGUUUCGUGUUGCAAGAAGAAGAAGAGAAGGCCGCAUGAUCAGAUGAAGUAUUACAGAGAUAAUUCUCAUGGAAAACAAACAGGUAGCGACUAUUACAACAGCGAACAACACGCGAAUUGGAACAACACCGCCGCCCCACCCGCCACCACCGGAGAACACGCCGUCAAAAUCCCUCCACCACCGGGCUCCGCAGCCGAUUCCGGCCAAUGGCCGGCAGUCCCACCACCACCGCCGCCCCCAAUGAUGAGCAGCAGCGAGAUGAGCUCCACCGGCUUCUCCGGUCCCCGCCAACCACCCCUCCCUCCGCCGCACCCAUCUCUCGCGCUCGGCUUCAACAAGAGCACCUUCACCUACGACGAACUAGCGGCCGCAACUGGUGCUUUUGCGAAGACCAACUUGUUGGGACAAGGCGGGUUUGGGUAUGUGCACAAAGGGGUUUUGCCUAAUGGGAAAGAUAUUGCGGUGAAGAGUUUGAAAUCUGGGAGUGGACAAGGAGAGAGGGAGUUUCAGGCUGAGGUUGAUAUUAUUAGCCGAGUUCAUCAUCGGCACCUUGUUUCGCUUGUUGGGUAUUGUAUGGCGGAUACUCAGAGGAUGUUGGUUUAUGAAUUUGUUCCUAAUAGUUCACUUGAACAUCAUCUUUAUGGGAAUGGUAUACCGGCUAUGGACUUCUCAACGCGGCUCAAAAUUGCGUUAGGAUCAGCCAAAGGGUUCGCUUAUCUUCAUGAAGAUUGCCACCCUCGCAUAAUCCACCGAGACAUCAAAGCUGCUAAUAUCCUCCUUGAUUACAACUUUGAAGCCAAGGUGGCGGAUUUUGGAUUGGCUAAACUCUCUAAUGACAACUACACACACGUGUCAACGCGUAUUAUGGGAACUUUUGGGUACUUGGCACCGGAGUAUGCAUCAAGUGGGAAGCUAACUGAGAAAUCCGAUGUUUAUUCAUAUGGUAUUGUGCUUUUGGAACUCAUUACUGGACGACGCCCUGUGGAUAUCCGCACCGAUGAUGACAGCUUAGUAGACUGGGCAAGGCCAAUUUUAAACCAUGCAACAGAAGGUGGAAACUUUGAAGAGCUGGUAGAUCCACGCUUGGAGAAUGACUACAAUCCCCAGGAGAUGCUGCGCAUGGUAGCAUGUGCUGCUGCUUGCAUUAGGUAUUCUGCAAGGAGACGCCCAAAGAUGAGCCAGAUUGUACGUGCGCUGGAAGGCGAUGUCUCGUUAGAGGACCUCCAUGAAGGUGUGAAACCAGGCCACAGCACAAUCUUCAGCUCAAGCGGCAGUGAGUACGACAGUUCAUACAAUGCUGAGAUGAGGAGGGUUAGGAAGGGGGUAACGUCGAGCCAGGAAUUCACAAGCAGUGAGCACGGUGUCACUGGAGAGUUCGCAACCCGUCCUUCCCCUUCGAGCGGUGGGGACUCACAAGAACUCCGAAUCCGCAGAAACAGCCCUUGACGAUGAAAAGUUUGAAUUUGGCUUUCCAGGCUCACUCGCUCACUCACUCACUCACUCACUACGCACUUUUUUUGAGGGAUGUGAAAAGAGUAACCCCAAUGGCUUCAGGGGUGGAGGGAGCACACAUUUGUCAAUGAGAGUGCUUAAAUGAGAACAGCAUUUGCAGGACAAAAUCAACAUGACAUUGCAAUUUCCUAUUUUAUAGUAAUGUUCAUGAAUGGAAUCUUUUUAAUGUAUGUUGAGUUUGGGUUGAUCUAUUUGUAUUUGUAUUAUUUGCUAUAUAUAUUUAUACACUUGGAGACAUUAGUAGUUUAUAUAUUUGGUUUGGCAA